GUUUGACUCUGGUUUCCUCCCCAGCUUCUCUCUCUGUAUUGUGCUGGCUUCUUUUGCGUUUUAAUUGCUCUCUCCCCUCCUGUAGCUGAUCAAAAUCACAUUGCUGAAUUCUGCUUUCUUCCUUUUCUCUUUCUGCCAGCCGCUCGCAUGCACACAUGGCACAGACUGACAUCACUUGACAUCUCCGUGCUUCCUCAUUUCAAUAUUAACUGUUUACCAGAAGAGAAACUGGUUUGGCGCUGGGUUGCUACGUUCACGCGUGCCUCUGUGUGUGAGCAAGAGCUUUUUUUCCCCUCUCUGUCCCUUCACAGCUACAGGUCAUUACACCGAGCUGCCUGAAACUGCCUGAUGCUAUUUUUCACCAGCGUGACUUUAGAAGAGACAGCUGUGUGGAUGUGCUCCCCUUUCUGCCUUGGCUGGGGCACAGGAACAACUGCAAAAGCCGGUGCUGCUGCUGCCAUCUGAGAGCCAACCUGCUGAAGAACCUUUGCCCUCCCCAGGCCGAUCAUAAUGACACAGAUGCAGUUUAAAGAUGCAUUUUGGUGCAAGGAGUUCACCUUACACACUGGCUUUGAGGUGCUUGUACAGCGACUGCUGGAUGGGAGGAGGAUGUGCAAAGACGUGGAGGAUUUGCUUAAGCAAAGAGCUCAAGCAGAAGAGAGGUAUGGGAAGGAGCUGGUUCAAAUUGCCCGAAAAGCAGGAGGACAAACAGAAAUCAAGCUUUCCAAGCUGGCCAGAGAGGUGCUACAACAGACUGCCACAGUGCUGAGCAGGACCACAUCCUGGAAGGACAAGAGACUGCGAACAAGUAUCCCUAAGAGUGACAUACCUUCAUUUUCAAUGCUUUGGAAUAAAGCCUUUCCCAAUCUUAUACAAACGUCACACCAACACAGCACACUGAAGGCAGCAUUUGAGAAGCUCAAGCAACAAAUUGAAAGCGUUGGAAACUCUCAUAUCCAGCUGGCAGGAAUGCUGAAGGAUGAACUGAAAGGAAUAGAGGAGUUCCGAGAAAGGCAGAAGGAACAAAGGAAAAAGUACGAGUCUGCAAUGGAGCGCAUGCAAAAGAACAAGUUGUCCCAUUAUAAGAAAGCAAUGGAGUCAAAGAAGAGCUACGAACAGAAGUGCAAGGAGGCGGAUGAGGCCGAGCAGUCCUUUGAACGCAUGAGCGCUACAGGCAACCAGAAGCAAGCAGAAAAGAGUCAGAACAAAGCCAAGCAAUGCAGAGAUGCAGCACAUGAAGCAGAGAAUGUGUACAGACAGAACAUUGAGCAGCUGGAUAAGGCCAGGACAGAGUGGGAACAGGAACAUAUUAAAACCUGUGAGGUUUUCCAGCUCCAGGAGUGUGACCGCAUCACCAUCCUCCGGAACUCGCUGUGGGUUCACUGCAACCAGCUCUCUAUGCAGUGUGUGAAGGAUGAUGAGCUGUAUGAAGAGGUUCGGGUAAGCUUGGAGGACUGCGUCGUAGAGUCAGACAUAGACUACUUCAUUAAGAGUAAAAUGACAGGAACACAACCUCCAGGUGCAAUAGGAUAUGAGAACUACUAUGACAGAGAACCAAACAGAAGCAACAGCCCAACCCAGACUUGUGGGAUGAUGAAGAGAUUCUCUGGACUGUUGCAUGGAAGCAGCAAAAACAAUGCUGAAAGAGUCAUUCCUUCAGCCCCUCCUUUCGAGAAAACAGAUGGGGUCUAUGCAGACAUCUUUGUAAAUGAACAUGGAAGAACUACAUCAUCACAGGACUACAGAGUACUUUAUGACUACACAGCCCAGAACAUGGAUGAACUGGACAUCAACGAAGGAGACAUCGUAGCUGUCAUUGAAGAAAAUGACAAUGGCUGGUGGACAGCUGAAAGGAAUGGGCAGCGAGGCUUUGUGCCAGGGUCUUACCUUGAAAAGAUUUGCUGAAGCGUAGCCUCAGUCCUUAGACUUUGAAAACAUUCUUCUACUGAAAACAAACAUCAUACAAGGUCUGCUCCAGCUGACCAAGAACAACCCAUUAUACUGCCCUCUACAUUUACCAGUCAGGAAAUAACUGCUUUCAUCUUCCUUCCCACCGAUCCUCUCUCCCCUCAACAACUUCUGGCUCACACUGUCUGAAAAAAGCUGUCUUCAUCUCAGCAAGACGAGGACUCAGGUUUCUCACAAAGGUGCUUUCCACUCUCAGCACUGCUGCCAUCAGAAUCUGGGAGAAAAACCCUGCUUAGAACUUGACUAUGCUAAAGGAAAAAGAAGCUAAUUCUGCUUGUCCAGGAUGGAGGAGCACCUCCAGUCAGCCUGCGAGCAACCAUAGC